AAUUAUUAGAGAUUAAAAUUUUAGUUGAUCGUUUCAAUUUGAUUCGUUCUGAUACAUUUUACUACUAACGCGUCAUUCGAUUUUUUCAUUCUCUUUCUGACAUAGAUAUAUCACGUGUUUUUAUAUUAAGAUCGUAAUGUUAACCUAGAGACUUUUAUUAUAUGACAUCUUUCACGUGGCUUCAACAAACCUUAAGUGUUUUUGAAUAUAUAUUUAAUAAGAUUAAAUUUGUGUCAUAUACUAAAUAUUAAUAAUAAUAAUAAAUAUUAUUUAAUUAAACUAUUAGAAUAUUAAAUAUUUUAUAUACUAUAAUUUAUAAAUAAAAUGACGACUAAAAAAACUAAAGUAGCAACUAAAGGAGCAAAACAAAUAGUCGAAGAGAAUAAAACAACAUUGAAUUUUUAUCAGAAUAUGAUUAUUGGGGCAAUAGGAAUAUACUUUAUGGUUACAAUGUUAUUUUUUAAUUUUACAACAUUAGCAACAACAUUAACCAUAUUUUCUGGAAUUAUAUAUAUAGGAAGUUAUCAAUUUAUGAAAUAUAUAGCACAUGCAACAUAUUCAGAAUCUGGUCAGCUUUUAGAUUCUGGAAUUGAUCUUAAUAUGGAAGGAGGUAUAGCAGAACAUAUAAAAGAUUUAAUUAUAUUAACUUCUGGAGUACAAGUACUUUCUCUCAUAUCAAAUUAUUUUUGGUUGCUAUGGCUUCUUGUACCAUUAAGAGGAGGUUGGAUGCUAUGGAAACAAAUAUUAGCUCCAUGGUUUUUUGCUCCAGCUCCAGAACAACCUGAGGUUAGUGAGAAGAAACAACGGAAGUUGGAAAAGAAGAUGGCUAGACGACAUUAAUGUUUUAAUUAAAAAUAAACAUGCAGUUCGAAUAAAUGAAUUUCAUGGAUGUGAGAUAGAUUUGAGCAAAAUUGUGAAACAAAUUUCUUAUUAUUUAAUUUUUGUUUUAACCAAUAUUGUUCAUACAAUUUUUCUAAGCUUAUGAAAAAUGCAUUAUUUCUAUAUUUUUUAUAUAUUUAUAAAUUUUUACAGAUAAAAUUAUAAAAUCAAUUUCUUAUAAAUUGAAUGAUUUAUAAUCAUCACAUUAAUUCUAAUAAUUAUUUUUCAAUUCAAAAAAGAAAAUUUAUGAAAUAGUAUAAAAAUAAAUUUUUUUACAAUUUUUAAUAUUUUUUAUACUAUUAAUGAUGUUAUUUGUUUAAUUUCUAUUUUAUAUAUUAAAAAAUUUAUUAUUCUUUGAUAAGUUAUAUAAAAAUUAUUUUUAUAUAACCUAAAUGUAAAUAAGUAAAACAUUCAAUUCAUAUGUACAUAUAUACAUACAUGUUUACAUUUAUGUAUAUGUUAUAAAAAACAAUUAUAUUUAUAUUUAUUAUAUAACAAUUAUAUUUAUUACAUGAAAAAUAAUAUUCUAUAUGUAAACAUAUAGUAUAAAUUAAAUACUUUUAUUUGGUACUUUUAUUUAAUUUAUACUUUUAGUAGGAUAUACUUUUAGUAUAAAUUAAAUACUUUAAUGCAAAUAUAAUACUAAAUGGAAUGUGUUCACAUCACAUUUUUUAAAAUAUUUUCCUUUAUAUAUCUUAAAAAAGUGCAUCACAGUUAAUUAAAAUAUAAUGAUUUACAUAAAUUAUUUUUAUAUAUAGUUAUGAUUAUAACUUUUGCAAUAGAAAUCACAUAUUUUUAUCAACUAUUGUAAUAUUUUAACUAAUUUUUAUUGCAAAAUUAGAAAACAAUAUUUUCUAAUUUAAAAAUAUUAUAUUUAUUAUGAAAAACUAUUGUUAUAUAUUAUUUUGUGUCAAUAUUAUUUGAAUAGUAUUUUUCAUUUUUAUUGAAAUUAUAAUAACAAAAUAAUAAAAUGUUUUUUUCUAUAUUUAUAAA